AGAGGUAAAUUUUGAACUUCCAGAAGAAAAAUCAGGGAAGGAUAAAUAUAAUAAAAAUACGUUUAUACGUUACAGGGAAUAUACUUGCUUGUGUAGAGCGAGAAUGCGAGAAUUCUUACGUCGUAAAGGGGAAAAGUGAGUCAUGUUGGUCAUACGUGCGAGAUUUCUCCAGUGAUCUUUUUCAAUUUUAUUUUAUAUUUCUUUUUCUUCUUUUUUUAUAUUUAUAUGAUACAAUAAAUAACAGAAUUGUUGCAAGAUCCUAAAGAAUAUCGCGCAUCGUAUGACCAGCGAUAUCAUGUGCAUCGCAUAAUCAUAAGUUCUAAUACUUAGUACUAAUUCUUGUCCUUUAGACGACCAGGCAGAUGCGAAUGCAAAGAAGGGUAAGCAUGAAACCGUUUUCAUUCUUUCAAAAAUGGCGAAUAUUUAAAUUUAAAUUUAAAUUUAAAAUUUCAUUGUAUGCUUUAACAGCAGAGCCCGGAUCAAAGUCUAUGCUUGUGGCUGUAAGAAACGUUUGGACAUGGUAUACGAAGAUCCGGGAAUGGUUUUUGGAGAACGACCAACCGAUAUCGGAGAAUGCAUUUGCAUUAGGAAAAGGCCUUCCUAAAAAUGAAAAUGACGUAUCAUCAUCAUCAAAUUGGACGUGCUGUCUAACGAUGCUCAAUCGAAAAACAAAGCUCCUAGAAUCGGCUAUCAAUGAACGAAGAAAACGAAUGGGUAGACAAUGCCUUUUUCGCCAUUGCAGUGGACUUGUAUGCGCUCAUAAAUUAAUGAAAAGAAGAAAAAACAGGCAGCAUUGUGUUCAUCUACGCGUUUCUCACGAUGUUAUUUCCGAUCAUUGGAGGAUAUACGAUAAAUCAAUGCAUAAUAAUAAAGAUAAUAUUAAAGAUGGAAAAGAAAAUAGUGUUUCGAAUGAAGAAAUUAUAAACGUGUUACACAUGCAGAAAGGGGAAAUUUCGAACGAAAUUUCUUGUGACACCGAGGAAAAAGAAGGUAAAAAAGAUAUUUCGGAAAAGGAUAAAAGAAAUAUAGAAUUAAAAUCGACAUUUAAUCGCGAUAUUCCUCGUUUAUCUCCUCGAAUUCUUGAAGCCAGAUGCGAGGAGAAUAAAAAUUUUGAAAAAUCAAAUAUUUUAAAAGACAUUCGUAAUGAUAUAAAAUAUCCUUUAAAAUGCAUUAACGAAAAUAUUUUGGAAAAGAGAAAUAGUUCUCAUAAAAUUAAUAAAAUCGAUACACCGCGAGAAUGUUUGAGAAAAACUUCAAAUAAAAAAUUUUUAUCAAAUGAUCUAAAUUUCGGUAAAACCAUUAUUACAGACAAUUGUAUGAAUUCAAUUUUGUAUCACGAUUUACGAAAAAAAUAUACUCCUAAUAUCAAAAAUAAAUUGUCAAAAGAUUAUUUGGAAAUUGAUAAAGUUGUUGAAUUCAACUUGUCUUCGGAAAUGGAGGACGCAGAAAAUAUUAACGCGCGUCAAGAGUUAGACGUUGAUAAAAUCAUGAAUAACUUUUUGAGCGAUGUACAAGUAUUUCCCUUCAAACAAAAGCAAAGAUGCAAUUUAAAACACUCCAUAAAUAAACAUCAAUUCUCGAAUUCAAGAUUACAGAAGAAAUACUCAUCUCACAGUAAUAAAAUUGGUUCAAACAUGGUUCAACAAAAAACCUUCCCUGCUCUUUGGUAUAAAAAUACAAUGAAACAGAAAAAACUGUCAAAAUUUUUUUGUCAAAAUUGUAAUUGUAACGCAAAAUCAUAUAAUUAUAAUGACUCCCGAUGGAGUAGCAGGAAACAAUUUUUAACGUAUCCUAAUUCUUCAAUUCGAUCACAGUACAAUAUGCCAUUUACAAAUUUACAAUUGCAUAGAAAUAAUAACAUGUGUGAAUGUCUAAAAAUGAAAAAAAAAAAUGAUUCAAUGAUAGAUCCUAAAUUUAUAUUGUCUCAUGAAACUCGUUCGUUUAAAUAUAAACCACAAUCGAUGAAAUAUCGAGAAAAACCGACUAUAGUUAUCUUCAAAAACAGAACACCUAAUCAAAGAUCAAAGAAUUUAAAGAGUUAUAAUUCACCGACCACUUCUAUCGGAACUAUUGAAAGUUCUGUUCAUGACAGCUUAGAUACGUGUCCAUGUUCAAUUUAUAAGUCACCGCGUUAUAUGAUACCAAAUGAUCGAUAUAAUAAAUACAAUACAAAAAUAGAUCCUCUUCUAUUAUCUUCAUCAUCGAAGUCAUCAUUGUCGAAACGAUGUCACUCUUGGUCUAUAUUAUCACAAAACUCUAUUUGUCAUAGACAAGAACCAAUUUCUUCUUCUUGUACGAAUGUUCAAUUAUGGAAUAGAUUUCCUGAAAACGAGGAGAGAAAGAACAUGUAUCUUUCCUCGAGCUCAUGCUCAUGCUCCACAUCAACAUUGUCAACAUUCAAAGAUGAUUACAGUUUAACAGAAACAGAGACAGAAAUGAAACAAAUUCAAAGAUCAGAAAGGAAGAAACCAAAAUUUUGUGCACAAAAGAAGAAGAUAAUAUACAUGGAUAAACGUCAUGUUAGAUGGAAUAUUAAGAAUUAACAAAAAAGAAAACAAAUGUCUUAUGUAAGUAAGCAUGAUAUAAAAAUAAAAAGGAUUGAGAUUGUUGAAGAAAUAUAUUUUAAUUAUAAGAGUACUUGAAAAAACAAACAAUAGAAACUCUAUACUUUGAUAUUAUACAUUUAAAAAAAAAAAAAAGUCCAAUAUGGACAAAUAAUGAUAUUAAUAAAAUAUCAUUUGCUAUUAUUUAAACUUGCAAUCGAUAAAUACAGAAUUCAAGCGUGAUGCAGUUAAGCCAUAAAUUUAUCGUGUGACGAUGAAACGUAAGCAACAACAGUAACGAGUAUACGUAAUUGGCAGGUACUAAGUUAGCACUGGAUGUGAAUAAAUUGGAUGUGGUGCAAAGGAGUGACGCGUCCCGUUAGACGUUUGGAAAAUCUGAAACUCGAUUAAUAUGCGUCGUGUCCGUAGGUGAAGAGUCUAUAAGUAGAUCUUCUACGGACACAAAUGUCAGUCAUAUUCAUAUAUUAUGUUCUGACCUGGUAGACGAAAUCUUCCUUUACGCUAACGAGAUAUCGGUAAUAGUUAACAUUAUACAUACAUCAUGCAAUGUCAUGAUAUACAUCUUUGCCAAAAAUCUCAACUAUGAUUUACAAUUAGUUGAUGUGUAAAAAAAAA